AUGCUCUACGAACUCAUAGGAAUCGUGCGGCCAGGCCACCUCGCCGAGGUAAAAGAAAUCGCCCUGACAGCCGGCCAAAUCAUCCUCCGCAACGGCGGCGUGGUCCGCGGCAUCGCGAACUGGGGCGUCUUCAUGCUCCCACGCCCCAUAACGCGCGCCCAGAUGAAGCACAAGUCGGGCCACUACUUCGUCAUGCGCUACGACGCCUCGGGCGCCGCGCACCAGGACAUGCGGACCACCAUCAACCUCGACCCGCGCGUCAUCCGCACCGCCCACGUCAAGCUCGGCGACGGCAAGCUGGAGAGCUUGGCGAAGUUUGGGAAUAUUAGCUGGGAUAUGCGGGCCGACUAG